AUGACUAAUCAAUUUAAUACCGAUAGUCAAUUUAUGACUAAUAAAUUUAACUCUAACAUUAAUGACCACCAAAACUUAUCCACGUAUCCCCAAUACAACAACCAACAAUACGGUCAACAACAAGACAAUGCCUUUGAAACGGCACAAUCUAAUAAUUACUUUAAUAAACCAACAACUAAUACUAAUAAGCCAAUUAUAGCAAAUACAAAUCAAGCUGAAUUAUCUGAUUUCUUUAAGAAUCUAAAUAAGAACAUACCUUCAUCUAGUUCAGGAGGAUUCAAUUUUGGAAAUGUUAACAGAUUCACACCAUCACCACAAAAUAAUCUUGAUGCUAGUAAGUUCAGAAAUUUAUUUAGUGAACCAACAAGAGAAGUAAAUCAAUUUAAUAAAGCUAAAAUAGAUAUGGCAAGUUACGCAUCUAUUAGAAAUAAAAAUCAGAACAACAAGAAGAAUGAGUAUGAUAAUGAAGAUAAAGAAGCAAGAAACAGGUUUAGAAGUAAUUUUGAAUAA